UAAAAUUCGAAUUGAUCUCGACCGUCCACGUGUUUACAGGAUAACUGAUCACCGCCAUUAUCGCAAGGGAGUAUAAAUAGGGCAGAUGAGAAGAAAUCAUAAAAAACUAGUCUCCCGAAUUCGAGGAGAGAAACGAAAUCGGUAAAUAUGUUGAGGUUUAGUUCGAAGAGGCUUCUAGGGAUUGCGUCUAGGGAUUUGCCGUCACCGGCGGUUCAAAUCGUUCCGCGGUUCUACCACGAGAGGGUUAUUGAUCACUACAACAACCCUCGAAAUGUUGGAUCGUUUGAUAAGAAUGAUCCGACGGUUGGCACCGGUCUCGUCGGUGCGCCCGCCUGUGGUGAUGUUAUGAAGCUUCAGAUCAAGGUUGAUGAGAAGACUGGUAAGGUUGUAGAUGCUUGCUUCAAGACCUUCGGUUGCGGUUCUGCAAUUGCUUCCUCGUCGUUGGCUACAGAAAUGGUGAAAGGGAAGCAAAUGGAAGAAGCCUUAACCAUAAAAAAUUCGGAAAUUGCAAAACAUCUCUCCCUACCACCUGUUAAGUUGCACUGCAGCAUGCUUGCUGAGGAUGCUAUCAAGGCUGCUGUUAAAGAUUAUGAAGCCAAGCGUGCAAAAUUGGCAAAUGGUGCUGAAUCUUCUUCCGUAGAGAAGGCUUCAAAUGCUUAGCCAUCCAAUGAUUGUAAAUGAUGUAAAAACUGUUAUACUUAAUAUCUGCUGUCCAAGGUGCGAGUUCUCUGCUCAGUUCUGAAUAUGGGAUGUCAAUCCUAAUUUAUAAUUAUCACCAUAUUUUACUUUA